CAGUCAAGCUGGCCGCGUAAAACACAGCAUGUGCCCCUCCCUGUCGGUCACGUGACAGGGAAGAAAGUAAGAAAAAAAAAUAGAAAUACAUCCAUGAGAAAGAAAGCAGAGAGAUAAGGGGGGGACAAAAACAAAACAGCGGGGAGAUUAUCUUGCCUGACAGGAGGAGGCGUCUUUAUCUGCAGCCUUCAUUUGGAGAGACAGAAAAAGACAAAAGAAGAUGAGAGACAUGUUAAGUUAUUAGCUCCAGGUGUGAUGGGAGGACCGCGGUGGAUGUCAGCUGGAUAUGAGAUAAACACGUAAAUAAAGAAUCGACUGAGGAAAAGGAAGAGGGGAGAAGAUGAAGCUGAAUGAACGCAGCGUGGCGCACUACGCCACCUGUGACUCACCGCCAGACAAGACAGGCUUCCUGUUCAAAAAGGGUGAGCGCAACACGGCUUAUCACCGGCGCUGGUUUGUCCUGAAGGGCAACAUGCUCUUCUACUUUGAGGAGCGCGACAGCCGAGAGCCCAUCGGUGUCAUCGUCCUUGAAGGAUGCACCGUGGAGCUGUGCGAGUCAGCCGAGGAGUUCGCCUUCGCCAUCAAGUUUGAAUGUGCCAAAGCGCGGGUGUACAAGAUGGCUGCUGAGAACCAAGCAGCCAUGGAGUCAUGGGUGAAAGCGUUGUCAAGGGCCAGCUUUGACUACAUGAGGCUGGUGGUGAAGGAGCUGGAGAGGCAGCUGGAGGAGAUCCAGGAGGCUGCAGGAGGUGGCUGCGUCGGGGCUGGAGUUGGAGGCCUGCAGGGCAGGCCCAAGUCCUCCAGGCGAAACCAGGUAGCACGGUCCAGGUCUGGAGCAUCCUCUUCUUCAUCAUCUUCAUCUUCCUUAUCAUCAUCAUCAUCAAGUGCCCCUCCCAUGUCAGCUCCCUUCUCUGCCCAAAAGAGCAUCCAGAAAGAGGCGAGGAGAGAUGAGGAGUGUUCCAAGGAGAAUGGAGUCGCAUGGAGUAAACCACCGGUUGCCUUGGCUAACGGCUUUGUUGAGUCUUCCUGUGUGGCCUGGGAAGCCUGCGCAGACUCUGGGAAUAACACUGGGAUUGGUUAUGGGGCUGAUGGGGUGAGGGCUCCACCAGUGCCACCCAGGAGAAGAGGAGCAUCUCUGGAAAGCCCCGUCUCCCCUGGCACUGGCUGCUUCUCCAAACUCCAUGACUGGUACGGCAGAGAGGUGGAGGAACUGAGAGUGCAGUGGCUACAGAGCCAGUAAACUAAUGGAGGUGGGAUAAUCUCUUAGUUUUAUCAUUCCUUCCUGAACAGCAGUGUUGCACUCUUCUGAACCCAACAGAAAGGGGAGAAAACUUAUUUGCAAAUUUCAAUCUCCAAAUAAAAAAUACAAAUAAUAAAUUUGAGAUUGAUUCCAGAUCUUGUCUGGCACAGGGGAAUCAAUCUGUCUUAAACAUUAACACUAUCCAUUGUACAUUCCAAGAAAUUUUAAAACACAAAAUAUGCUCUUUUCCACAGUUCCACAGAGUGUCAUUUGCCAAGGACAAUUAAACAUGUUAAGAAUACAGUAUUUAAAAUGGUAAUAAUUUAUUAUAAUCAUCACAAUCAUCAGUUUUUCUUACAAGAUGCAAAUGGCCUUGUAGUAGAUACAAUUCAGAAAAACAUGCUGUUCUGAUAUAAUGUUGCCAAUGUUUUCUCUGCCUUUCUAGCUUCCAAAUAUACUUGUGCAAUCCUUUUUGGUGUCCGUUUUGUUUAAAGCUGUAGGAACCUUUGAUCUGUUUUUGUCUAGAUAUACAGGCGAACUACUGUGCUAAGCAUCUGGUAAGGAUGUUUCUGUUAUAUGCAAAUUAAAUAAAGAAGGCCACAUAAAUAAAGACAAAACAAAAGAAAACCAUGUGGAUCCGGUUGCUAAAGUGACACAUUAACCAGGGCGUACAAUGGUGAAGGUAACAGAAAAUCCUGCAGCUGAUGUCCUAACUUUCCUCACUUGAUGACGAAACAAAAUGUGUGAGGGAAAGUGAGGAAAUAAAGAGGGAAGCCUUUUUACAGCUGAUAACAUUUUUACAAUCUAAAAGGAAGGGCACCAGGACAAUUAACAGCGUUCAUGUCAGUAUUCCGAGUUUCCAGUAACUUCAAACCACUUUAAAGGUCUAGUGUGUAGGAUCUAGUGGCAUCUAGCAGUGAAACUGCAGUUUGCAACCAUUUGAAUACCGGAAAGGAGGAGAUAGGAGAAACUAUGGUGGCUGCGAAACAUGGCUGCGAAACAUGGCUGCGAAACAUGGCGGUGCAACAUGGCGACCCCCCCCCCCCACACACACAACUUGUUCUAAAAUAACAAAAACACAACGAUUCCUAUUUUCAGGUGAAGCUGAAAGCUUAGCUCCUCCCUAAAUGUUACACACUGGACCUUUUAACUCUAAGAUCACAUCAAUAUAUUGACUUGUAGAGAAACAAGCAUAAGUCUCGGGAUAAGAAGUGGUGUUGGGGAAAACUAGUCCAGAACUCUCCUCCAUACUCCCACCGGGGUACGUCUCACCCCAGAGGCCUCGUGGUUGGUAAGGUCAGAGCAUCCUCCCGACAGUCACUGGGGACAGUGGUGGGAACUGGAUGUCUCGCUCAGAGCAACACACUGGUAUUUUUAGCCCUCGUUAGCCAGCGGCCAGAUGAUGCUGUGUCAUAAGAUUGCUUGUCACUUACUUCUCUUUUGACUCUUGUAUAUCAUAGCAGGAGAUUUUUCCUUGAACUUACAGGACUUAACAUUUGUAAUUCUCUGAUAAGUUCAUACUAUACAGUAUGAAAGGUUUCAGUCGUAGUCAUCUGGACACUGUUUUCAGAAUCAAGACGUUUCGGCUCCCAUCCGUAAGUCAUUCUCAAUUGGUUCCGGAUGGGAGCCGAAACGUCAAUUAUACAGUAUGAUCAAAUCAUCUUAAUUUGAUCAUACAUCAUGGUUUUUUCAGUUGCAGCUGAUUAACCUGUUUGUUACUGAGUGAGUGUAACUGUUAGAGGCCUAUACUGCAUGUUAACAUCUAACCUCCUGGUUUGUAUAUAAAUAUUUACUAUUCCAUACUGGAAAUUAAAAAUGGGCCUAUAUCACUAUAUCCAAUCACAUAGCCGUUUAUAUUUUUGUUUUAUAUGUGCUUUAUGUUAUCGUUAUAACACCAUUAUUGCACUUGUAACCAUUACCAUAGAGAGGGUUUGACUUUUCUUCUUUUGUGACUGUACUGCUGUUAGUCUUUCUUUCUUGGCAAAGGCACAUCUUGGUGCAAUCACGUUUUGACAAUGACUCAGUUCAAUAAGUCUGCAUCAAUGCACAGCACUAUCAUUACUGUUGGCUUGUACAGAAACGACAUUGUGGGAAGGAGUCGUACAGUGUGGAUUGUGGCGGUAUGCUUUUGACACGUAUUAUCUAAAAUUAUUGUUGUAGUGCCAAUUUUAACUCCAGAAGAACAUUACUGUAAUUACAGAUGACAAGUCUGUUUUUUCUUUUACAAUAAUAUUUAAAGGAAUUUGUGAAUGUGUCAAAUUAACCUUAUAACAAAUAAUAAUGGUGUCUAUCUUUAUUCAGAAAUGCCAAAUGAAGAAUGUAAUCUAAAUGCACAAUAAUCUUUUUUUCCCGAUUGACUUCCAUGAUUGUAGAACAAUUUUUCAAUGUUAUCGUACACUAUGAGUAUUAUUUUAACAACCAAUAAUAUUUAACACAUUGUCCCGAUAUGGUACCCUGCAAAGAUGUUUUUUAACAAAGCACUUGCUGUCAACUACUCAAUAAACUGUUAUGUGUUA